GGACCACAUAACCCAUCUGGACUGGGUAUGCCUCGGGAUAUCUCAGGAGGAAGAAGAUAAUGUGUUGCUGGGAAUGCCCUGCUAAACCUGCUGCCAUCAUGACGCAACCCUGGAUAAGUGGAAGGAAAUAGAUGUAUGGACAGUGUGCUGGGUAUUGAGCAAGAAAUGUAUUCCAUGACCAGCCACUCAAAGCACCUUAUCACUACAGAGCAGACACCAUGUGUACAGGAGCGUGCUCGAAGUUUAUCGCCAUCCCCCUCUAUGUCCUGGCUGCUGUGUCCAUCAUCUGCAACAUUAUGCUCUUCUUCCCUGACUUUGAAACAAAGUAUGCAGCCGAAGACAGGGAUGGAAAGGAACGAAUCACUCAAGAAGUCAAAUAUAUGGGAGGCCUGAUUGGUGGAGGUAUCAUGGCCCUCAUUCCUGCCAUCCACAUUCAUCUAACCAGUGCACAAAAAUGCUGUGCCAACCGCUGUGGGAUGUUCCUGUCCAUUGGUUUCGCAGCAGCUGGUGUGGCGGGAGGCUUGUACAGCCUCAGCGUUGCUUCUCUGGGUCUUGCUAAUGGGCCAUUUUGCGAAUGGAUCAAUGAAUAUAACUCCAAUCCAACCUGGGGGGCGCCUUUCGCUAACAGUAAUGGGAGCUACCUGUCUGACAAGGAUAUGUGGAAAUGGUGCAUACAGCCAGAGGAUGUGGUUGGAUUCAACGUGGCACUGUUCUCCACUCUGCUGGUGUCAGCAUGCAUACAGCUCAUCCUCUGUGGCAUCCAGAUGGUCAAUGGACUGUUUGGAUGUCUUUGCGGCACCUGUGCUGGCAAGGAGUAAACUGAACUCCAACACCAUGACAUCUUGAAGAAAUGAUCAACAUCACCAUCAGCUCUGCCAUCGUCUUUAUCAUCAUUACCUUUAUCACCUCCGUUAUCACAUCAAGCUGCACCAAGCAGUGAUGAGUCAUAAGUCCUAACGAAUAUAGAUUACAUUGUUCAGCUGUCCUCUGGUGCCACAAAUCAUUAUCAUUACUAUAAAUUCUUCAAGAGGAAUGACUGGGAUUAACGAUUGAUGUUGCUUUUGUUGUUUGCAGAUUACACUGAUCGUAGACUGUAGAUGACGAGACUGUGCUGUGUUUGUGAUAGAUAGAUGAAGAUAGAUAGAUAAAAUUUAAAAAAUCAGUCUGUUCACUCUGUUCCUGGGUGUGUGUAUGUGUGUGUGUGUGUGUGUGUGUGUUUGUGAGAGUUUCAUAUUUAGAUUAGAUUAGGCUCGUUUUAUUGCAGUGCACAGCAUCUGACCAGAAGUGCAAAGAUCAGUAGAUAUAUGUGUUAGAUAUAUAAGUGAAUAUGUUACGCUAAGAUUUAAGUUUAUUGGUGAAUAUGGCAAUUGUUAAAUAUUAUAUAAUGAAUAAACAUGCUAUGAAUACACAGAC